AUGGCGUCAGUUCGCUCUCUGGGCGUCCACGAACCCUCGGCCGUCACCUUUUUAGUCGCAGAGGGAAUCAUUCCAGCCGAGCCCUCGGAAAAUCAUUACAAAUGGACGAUAUGCGUCGACGAAAGUGGAUUGACUGGGCCCGUGGACGAUGAGUUGGUAUGGACGAAGCACUGUGUUGUAUGGUCCCGCGCAGGGAUGGUGAAGCGAGUAUUUCGAAUGGACCCCGAGAAAGAAGAGAUUCGACAUGCUCUCUUCACUCGAUUUGCAGCUGGAGACAUCAAACACAAGGAUAUAGGACCAGGUCGGUCAGAAACAACCACUGGUACACAAAAGCCAAAACGGACUGAGACUCUUUCAACAUUGGAUCUGCAUGGAGAUGCACGAGUGUCGGUUAUAGCUCCGCAGCAAUCCACCGAGAGUCUCUCAAGAGCUUUGGUUGUUGUACUCAAAUCGCAAGCUCAUAUCUUCUUCGUUGCGGGCAAUAGCCAUACAAUCCCUCUUCCAUUUGAAGUUGAAUCUGUUUUUGCCACGCCUCGAGGUCUCAUUUUCCAAAGAAAGGUCCAGGACAAUGAUGGGAGACGUCAACAACCAACUGUGCCACCAAACUCCUUCAUGUCUGCUUCGCUAUUCGACCCCGGAGCCUCCCAGUCCUUUUCUCUCAGCAGAAAUAAGCGUCCAUCGACGAAAGCGUCAGCUACCUCAGGUCCUUCCUGGGUACCAAAUACUAGUUCAACCACCGAGUUACCCCGAAUCUUCUCCCUCAUCAACCCUCAUUCAGAGAUGGGUCUGGUUGUGACAUCGCAAACUUCCCGGUGGCUCCAGGGCGGCGUCAAUAGCACCAGAAGAAGACCAUCUGGACUAGAAGUGUUGGAUCCUGUGGAUGAAAUUGUGUAUAUCUCCCCAAAGGACGAACUUCUAGGAAUUAGCCGACCAACCAGUGCCCCUUUGAUUCUAGUGGUCACUGUCAACACAACCACGGGGAUUUAUACAAUUUGGACCGCGCGCUACAAAGAUGAUGAAUCAGGUGGCUCAAUGAAAGAUAAAACCAGACGAGAAACAGGAGGUGCUCGAUCAGUCAGGCGAAGCUCACAUUUCGGUAUGGCAACUGGUGCAACGACACCGGCAGGUCGCUCUGGAGCCAGAGAGAGCUUUGGACCUUGGACCGACAACUGGCCCUCUACCCAGCAAUCUGAGGGAAAGACAGAUCUUGAGGAUGAUUUAGCUUCAAGAGUAGCCCAGGACUUCGGAGACGUUGGUGUUCCUCUCAAAGCCUCAAGACGAGUCAGCUCAUUGCUCGCCCGAACAGACCUUGCAAUUAGCCAGGACCGCAUCACAUUUUCGGAUCUAGCCACUGGCAGCCAGUCUAACACACUGCCUCACGGUGCCGGAUUUAGGCAGUCUAUAGGGGCAGCCAGCGCACGUGGAAGCUUUGGCUUCAACCCUCGAGGCUCCCUGCCUCCGGGCACAGGCUCUGUUUACAGCAAUGCAGGUAGCUUUCUGGAUACUCCGGUGGACAAGCUACUGGAAGAGCUCAACAGUGACAGUCUAUCUUCCGGGUUCGAGAAUAUUGCCCUACGCGAAUCGGCGUCUGGACUCCCAGAAGAACUUCUGUUGAGCAAGGUUGAAAGUUUCUCGUCCCAAUUCUCGGGCACUUUCCAAAAAGAACUACCGUCCCGCCGACUAAAGGUCUCUACUUUAGCGUCUACCGACUUUGGAAGCGCACAAAAGAGUAAUACAGCUUCCUUGGCUGUAUACUUAGUGGAUCAAGAAUCGCAGAAACUAACUAUUGUGAAUUUAAGAGCUGACCGAGAACCACACCAUAAAGGCCGGAAGAAGAAGUCCAAGACGACUGAGCAGCGCUCGCUACUCGUUCGUGCAGUGAGGAUUCAAACAAUGUCAAAUAUCUUGGAUGCUUGCAAGAUCUCUGAUGGGGAGAUAUCACGAAUAUUGUCGCUUAGUGAACCGGAAAAGGGACACCGCGAGCUAUCGUUACAGACCUUAUGGGGAAGCCCAGUCAAUAUUGAGGUUCCUGUGCCGCUACAGCUUUAUGAGCCGGAUGGCAUCUCUGCCAAUAAACUCGAGAGCCGCCCGAGGGAAAGUGGUGUCCAUCGGGUCAUGGCAGAUCCCGACCUCGUCUUCAACAAACUUGAUCAUGCUUGCUCUCGCGGCAAGAUUGAUCUGGUCGAUGCCGAUAACAAACGCCAUAGGCUUCAAAUCCGAAUGGAGCCUCGUAACGAGCUCGUGAAAAAGAUACUCAAGAUCUGCAAGUUUGCCUUGCGUGACUCUGAAAAAGCCGGCGAUGGCAUUAUGGUCGCGUGGUGGGAAGUCAUUAAAUGGCUUCAGGCCAAGGAGGAAAAAAAUGUCGAGUGGACCGCCAUGGUUAUCGUGCUUUUGAGUCUGGCAGUCCCAUUCGUCACCCCUCCGCAAACUCAAGCCCCUAAACGAGCCCGUCGCAGGAAGGGUCUACUUAGAUCCAGUAGUGGAGGACAUGUGGACCUAGAAAGCUGGGAGUCCAUGCUGGACCUGGAAUCUGGCUCAUCCGGUGUCGUAGCUCCGUGGAUGAUGGACAGCUCCUGGGGAUGGAUCGUUGAACAAGAUGCAAUCGAGAGUCGCACGGCAGGGAAUGCACCUAAAGGAGGCAACACAAGCCGGUCCACGUGCCGUCAGAAUUCGUACUUGGUCCGAUGCAUCGCCCUCAGCCGCGAAUUCCUCCAAAGCCCUCAAGGCCUUAGGGCUGCCGGCAGUGACGGCUACCUUCCCAUCUCUGAAGCAUUCUCCGAGAACACAAGGUGUACCACAUUGUGUAGUGUCCUCGUGGCAUUGCAUCUAUUGCGUGAAGAACAGAAACUCUCGAUCUGCGACUCGGAGGAUUCUCAAAAAGCCUUGGGCUUGCUUGCUCCUAUUCUCGCACAACUAGGCAGUUGGCUAGGGUGGGAGUCCUGGAAAUGGACCGAAGAUGCUUACUAUGGCACCGAAAUGGCCAGUAUGGAGCGCUGGCAGUUCGAGGAUAACACCCAUAUCUCCGGGCUCAAGGUCCCUGAUGAACCUUUCCCGCCUCCAUCAAUCUUCGAAUUUCUCAUGAGUGCUGCUGCUUACCGAAGCCCCACACCAUUUGUCUCUCUCCUCGAUAUCGUGAAUGCAUCCGAGCGAACUCCCAGGAAAGGGCGAAUGUGGCGCGAGUGUUUCGGUAUCACACCAAGGACUUGUGCAUUGAACGGAUUCUUCGCCGAGGUUCACAGUGUAUCAACGCCUCUGGAAAAGAUCAAGCUUUUGCAGCGCUGGGGGUUCACCAAAAGUAUAAUUGAUAGCUUCCCAGAAGGUGUCAGUGCACCGCUCUAUGAAGCAGUGAUGCAAUGCCAGAUUGAAGCAUGCACGUCCUGGAAUGCGACGCUCCUAGAGCUGAUAGACAGAGAGGAUCUCUACAUGUCGAUGAAUCCUGCCCAGACCAAUACAUUGGCAGUACCACAGCAGCUCAACCAUAACGCCAUCCGUGAUUUCCAUCUAAUCAGCAGCUCGGCAUUGGACAUCGAUGCCAUCAACGCUUUCGAAGCCUCUGCAGAGGCGGACCGAUACUCGGUCACCAGGCUGAUCUUCCGAGAGGACAAGAGAUUCCAUGAAGCAUUCAAACUACUCAACCAGUCCAAAGCACCUGUGGCAGAGUGCAUUGCCGAGCCUGGCUGGAGUGACUCUGACUUGCUAGAGGCACAGAAAGAGAUUGUGCAACUUGUGACAGUUCGAACUUUGUCUACUCCUGCGGGCCGUGCAAUGCUCGCUUUCAGUGGUCGAUUGCCUCUGCUGACCGAGAAACUACCCAUCCCGUCCUUUUCCCUGCAGUGUGUUAUGAAGCCGGACAAUGUGACAGUCAGCGCGGACAGAUCUGCAUUCUCGGAGGAGAAGGUUUGCUGGGCUUUCUUCCACAACGGAGUAUCCACCGGUCUAGCAAUCUCCAAGGCUUCCAAGGGCAUUGAUACCUCAUGGAUCUUGUUUAACAAACCACAGGAUCUUACCAAUCGACAUGCCGGAUUCUUGCUGGCUCUAGGUUUGAAUGGACACCUUAAAUCGUUGGCCAAGUGGGUUGCUUUCAAGUAUCUCACUCCCAAGCAUACCAUGACAUCUAUUGGUCUCUUGCUCGGUCUCUCUGCAUCGUACUUGGGAACGAUGGAUACCCUUAUCACACGUUUGCUCUCAGUACAUGUUACAAGAAUGCUCCCACUUGGAGCAGCUGAGCUGAACUUGUCGCCAUUGACGCAAACUGCUGGAAUCAUGGGCAUUGGCUUACUUUACUGUGGCUCCCAGCAUCGUCGUAUGAGCGAGGUCAUGCUCUCGGAGAUUGAAAACAGUGAACAGGACGAUCAAGCUGCCACUGCUAGCGGGGAAGAACUCCGGGACGAAGGAUACCGACUGGCUGCAGGCUUUGCUCUUGGUUUUAUUAACCUUGGGAAAGGCGAUGACUUGCGGGGCAUGCGCGACAUGCACAUCGUUGAACGGUUGUUAUCAAUCGCCGUUGGGACCAAGAACGUUGAAAUUGCUCAUGUUCUUGACCGUGCCACGGCUGGCGCAACCAUUGCGCUAAUGAUCAUUUUCAUGAAAACGAACGACUCGGUGCUAGCCAAGAAGAUUGAUAUCCCUGAUACCACCGUUCGCUUUGAUUACGUUCGGCCAGAUCUGUUCUUGUUACGAACACUGGCACGACACCUCAUCAUGUGGGACAGUAUCAAGCCUACUGCCGAGUGGAUCAGCCAGAGUUUGCCCGAGGUUUACCAAGGACGAUCACGGCUCACAGAUGUACGCCGGUUGCGCAGCGAAGAUAUGCCCCUCUUCAACAUUAUUGCAGGUCUUUGCUUCGCCCUCGGACUCCGCCAUGCUGGAUCGGGGCACACACAAGCACGAGAUCUUUUGUUGUUCUAUCUAGACCAGCUAAUUCGCAUAUCGCGGUUGCCUGUGCGGAGCUACGACUCAAGACUCGCGCGCAACUCGGUUCGGAACUGUCAAGAUGUAGUAGCCCUAUCAGCUGCGGCAGUCAUGGCUGGCACGGGUGAUCUAGCUCUGUUCCGGCGGUUGCGCUCCCUUCAUGGCCGAAUCGACGCUGACACGCCAUAUGGCAGUCACAUGGCGGCACACAUGGCUAUCGGAGUACUUUUCCUUGGAGGAGGUAGCUAUACACUUGGCACAUCCAAUCGCGCUGUGGCCUCGCUCAUCUGCGCAUUUUACCCAAUAUUCCCAACGACUGUCCUGGACAAUAAGUGCCAUCUCCAAGCCUUCCGCCAUCUUUGGGUUCUUGCCGCCGAACCACGAUGUCUCAUACCUCGUGAUCUUGAUACUCGUCGCCCAAUAUCCAUCCCUAUUACCAUAAUAUCCCAUGACGAAUCCACUCGCACUAUCGGCGCCCCCUGUAUACUCCCAGAUCUUAACAACAUCGCUCGGGUCGAGAUCCGCGGGCCAGACCACUGGCCACUCGUUCUAGACUUUAGCCAAAAUGAUGCCUUGCGCGAGAAAUUCCAACGCGGCGACCCAUCCGUCUACCUGCGCCGCAAAGCGACCUACGCUCCAACGGGUUCCUCGACCUCCGUCUUCGCUUCCACCUUGACCGGUCUCAGCGAAGCCCAAGACAUACUUCCCGCAAUCGCCGGUCCUCUCUUAAACCCAAGCAAGGGCCUCCCACCCUCGGCAUGGCCAGCCCGUGCCGCUAUACUCACCGGCAAGCCAUCUGCAGCUACAAAUCCCUCCCAAAACCCUUGGGACUGGGUUUUCCACCUCCCUUCACUACAAGGCCUCGACAUCCGCGAGCGCUCCCUCGUCCUCCCGUCUUCCUUCCCGAUGCGCUCUACGCGCAUCACCACCGAUCUUGUCUCUGUGCCACCUUGGCUGCGUACCUCGGCUGUGGACGCGAGACUUUCUCUAUCCCAUACCGUGCGCAACAUCGUGCAAUCUGCGCGCGGCCGUGGCGCCGACCCGGAUCAAGUUCGCGAUCGGAUCUGGCAACUUCGACUGCUAUUUGAUUGGUUGGAUCGUACUCAGCCCGGUGAUGAACGUGACUAUCUCUUGGCUAGACAGAUGAUGUCUUCGGCGCAAGUCCAGCCGUCCGGGCUGUGGUUACGGAGGGACUUCGUUGAUGAUGCUAAGUGGCAGGUUUGGGGUGUGCAGGUUGGAGACCUUGAAGGAAAGACCUAA